UGACUAUUGGAGUUUCGAGUUUGACAAAAAGUUCCGGAGGGUAAAAUAUGCCGACGGGAUGCGAGUUUCCGAUGAUCAAAACCUUCGAGAAUGCUCUUACUGCCGCCGACUUCGAGUCUACCGUCGAGCUCACCAACUUCCCAGCAGUUUUUCGGGGAUGUGCUAGUGUCUGGGAUGCGUAUUCUAAGUGGAAUCCAUUCAACAGUGGCCUCGAUUAUCUGGAGGAACGUGCAGGUUCAGUUGAAGUGGAGGCAAUGCUUUCGAGGACGGCUCCAGUUUUCAAUGGUGAUAUCAGAAGCCAUGAGAGGGUGUCAUUGCCUUUCUCGGAUUUUAUCAGAUUCUGCAAGCAGCAUAUGAGAGGCAAAGGGAAUGGUUCUGGUGUUGAUGCUAAGUCUGCAGAUUUAAAUCCUAUGUGUGAGGACUAUAGACCUGGACAAAUAUACCUAGCACAGUUUCCAAUUCUGAAUGAUGAGAAAGAAGAGAAGGUUCUACUUAAGAUUCUGAGACAAGAUAUCCAGACGCCCACAUUUUUAGACGCAAAGUCACUUUCUUCUAUCAACUUUUGGAUGAAUUCUGCAGAAGCUCGAUCAAGUACCCACUAUGAUCCACAUCAUAACCUUCUAUGCGUAGUCUCAGGGCGUAAAAAAGUUGUAUUGUGGCCCCCUUCCGCCAGUCCCUCGCUCUACCCGAUGCCUAUAUACGGAGAAGCAUCAAACCAUAGUUCGGUUGGUCUAGAAAAUCCAAAUUUAUCAGAUUAUCCAAGAGCAGAGCAUUCACUGAAGCAGUCACAGGAGAUUACUCUUAACGCUGGUGAUGCAGUAUUCAUUCCUGAAGGUUGGUUCCAUCAGGUGGAUAGUGAUGAACUGACUGUUGCUGUCAACUUUUGGUGGCAAUCAAACUAUAUGUCUAACAUGCCUGAACACAUGGAUUCGUAUUAUCUGCGUCGAAUCACAAGAAGCCUGUUAGUCUCGAAGCCUUCUUCAACUGAUUUAAGGCACCUGUCUGAGCAUAUUGACCAAUCUCGCAUUGAGAUGGCAGAAGGUGGGAAUGAUAAUAUAGGCAAUGAAAGCAUUAAAAAGGGCCUCAGCACAUUGCAUGAAAAAGCGUCGCUGCACGAUCUAGAUCCUUCUGCUUCCCAGGCGCUUCAUGAUCUUAUUUCUUUAGUCCAUGACCACGUUAAUGCUGUUGAUACAAGUAAGGGACUCCAACACACUUCACCCAGUUGUUCAGAGGGCGGCGAAAAAAGCAAGUUCCUGGUGAAUGCAAUGUCUUGUUUAGAAGAUGAUCGCGUUGCCCAUUUGCUUUGGAAUCUUGAAGCCUCUAGACUUCGGGAUGUUCUCCUUGCAAUGGCACUGGAGUUAAGUUACCUAAAACUAUUGGUCAAAAUGGAGAUUUUCGUUUUAGUUUUACAUAAGAUUUUUGAAACUUUAGAAGCAUUAAUACUCCACAUGCUCUCACCCAUUGCUGCGGAAGUUCUAACACAGAAGUUUGAUGAGAUUGACCAACAGACUGGUGAAGAAGAUAGGACCCAGUUCUUUCGGGAAUUUUAUAGUGCAUUCGAUGAUGAAGCAGCUGCGAUGGAUAUAAUUUUAAGUAGGAAAGAGGCUUUUGCAUUUCAGGUAUGUUCUCUAGCAUCACUUUGUCGACUGAGAACCUACCAUAAACUCAAAGGAGAGAAAUUUUCGGCAUCAUACUGAUAUCUGCGUAAACCUGGUUACAUAAAUCUCUAGCAUCUCUUUGUUGAGUGUGAACCAACGUAAGAUGGAAGGAGAUAAAUGUUUUGGCAUUAGGCUGAUACUUGCAUAUAAUCAGUUACAUGAAUCAACAUUGUUAACUCGGAAUUCUCCUUACCCGAGAACUUUAUCUGACUAGCUGAUGCAGAAAAAACUUAUGACCAAAGUCUUUGAAAAUCCCCAUGGACAUAAAUUUUUAAUUACAUUUGUUAUACAGGCAUUUAAGAAUGUACUAGAC